CGUUCUGUUCACUUGUUUUUUGUUUACAAAAUUUUGAAUGUUGUGAUUUGUGACUUCCCUUCUUUGAAACAUUAUUUCUUUAACACUUUUAGAUUUACAAUUUGGAGAUGUUUGUGCAAGAAAGAGAAAAAGACGAAGACUGUCUUCUCAUUGCGAAGAUUGACAAUGUGAAGAACAUUAACAGUGUUAUUAAAGCUUUAAACUUCUCUCAGGAGGCUGUAUGUUUUUUUUCCAAGGAUGGACUCAAAGUGACUGUAGAAAUAGCAAAAUGUGUUCAGGCAAGCGCUUUCAUUCAGCUUGACAUAUUUCAAGAAUAUUCCUAUAAUGAUGAAGAGCAAUUAAUUUUCAAAGUAGACUUUCAUACUUUGGUAGAGUGCUUAAAUAUGUUUGAAGCAUCUGGGAUGAAUGCAACUGUUGAUAUGCGAGUUCAAGGGGUUGGUCAACCGUUGUUGUUAAUGCUGGAAGAGGAUGGAGUUAUCUUGGACAGUAGUAUAAAAACACAAGACCCAGGAGAAAUAGCAGAUUUUUCAUUUGAGGAUGAUUGUGUUAUAAACAAGAUAAUUUUAAGGUCAGAGUUUCUAAAAGAAAUUUUAGAUGAAAUGGAUAGUACAAGUGAAUUUAUUGGAAUAGAGUUAUCAGACAACACCCCCUUCUUUAGAUUUUUUAUGUCUAGUCGUCUUGGAGAAAGUGAAUAUCGGGUUGACAAAACAAGUGAUAUGAUAGAAUUUUUUGACUGCAAAGCAAGAACUGCAUUUAGGUAUCGAUUUGAACACUUGAAACACACUGUGAAAGCUAUUGCUGUAUCACAAAAAGUGUCAAUGCGAAUGGAUGAAAAUGGUUUACUAUGCUUCCAGUGCAUGAUGAAGAUGGAUGAUGGCCAAAUAUGCUUUGUUGAAUUCUUUUGUAUUCAAGCAACAAACGACGAUGGUGGAUUAGCUGUAAUAGAACCAGCUAAUGAAUAUACUCUUCCUGACCCUUUCUGAUUAAUAUUACUUCCUCCUGUUCCUUCCUACUUAUGAUUUUGUAGGGGCUGGCUGAUGAAAUUGUAACAAUGCAUUUUUAAAAUGGUUUACUCAAAUUUUAAUAAUAAAUAUAUGAAAUACAUGAAA